AUGUUUUCCCUCACCCUUUUGUGUUUUGUGCUUUGCGCUCUCUCCUUCACCAAUACUGCUCAAGCCCGGCUGGUGAAGCACGAUCUCACCUUUACUUGGGAACAAUAUGCUCCCAAUGGACAAUCACGAGAGAGCGUUCUGACCAAUGGUCAAUUCCCAUCCCCAAAUUUGGUGUUUGACGAGGAUGAUGACGUGGAGGUUGGUGCAACAAACCAAGCAAGGGCAACGCCAAACAUGAAACUGAUAAGCUGGCAGAUUACGGUCCACAACGAACUGCCCUGGAACACCACUGUACAUUGGCAUGGACUCUACAUGUUUGGUACUCAAUGGUCCGAUGGUGUACCCGGCCUCACGCAGAAGCCCAUUCCCGUGGGCGAGAGCUUCAUAUACCGAUUUAAGGCUUACCCUGCCGGGCAAUACUGGUAUCAUUCCCAUGCACAGGCGCAGCUUCUCGAUGGGAUGUAUGGUUCGCUCUUCAUCAGGCGUAAGCCGGGUACGAAGAAGCCGUUUUCGUUGAUCAGCAAUGAUACAAAGGAGAUUAAGCAAAUGGAAAAGGCAGCGAAUCAUGCUGAGCCAUUGCUGGUGUCAGAUUGGACUCAGUUUACGUCAGGCCAGUAUCUCGCGGCCGAGAACGCUUCCGCACUUAGUAUAUUCAUCUUGGUCAACGGGAAAGGAAGUGUUUAUUGCCCGAGCCUCGACUAUUUGCUCAAUCAAACCAGCCCAUAUACUUCUUAUGCUGUAGCGCCAGGAACAGUCAAUGACAAGGGAUGCUUCCCCUUUGUCCACGCCACAGAAGGAGACUAUUUGUACCACUCGAAUGCCUCCAAAAUUCCAGAACACAUGCAAGAAGGCUGCAUUGCUUCUGAGGGUGAGACAGAAAUCGUCAACGUCGAUGCUGCCGAUGGAUGGGCAAGCUUAAACUUCAUCAUGGCUUCAACCCUCAAGAUUGUUAAUGUUCAGGUGGAUGAACAUCCCAUGUACGUCUAUGAAGUAGACGGCAGCUACAUUAACCCGAUCAAGACCGACGUUAUAACCAUGUAUGCUGGAGAGCGGUACUCUGUUCUGAUCAAACUCGAUAAAAAGCCUGGAAACUACACCAUCCGAGUAGCUGAUGCUGGUUUGACGCAACUUAUUUCGUCCUUCUCAACGCUCGUUUACAAUGGCGGCAGCGACAUUGGGUCGAGCAAGCCUUACAUUGACUACGGUGGGCUCAACGUCACGGCCAACGUUACCAUCCUGGAUAAUGAACACAUGCCCCCGUUUGAGGUCGACGCACCCGCACCGACGGCCGAUGCGGAGUACAUCAUCUACCUUAGCCGAAUGAACAAUGCCUGGGAAUACACGUUCACGGGCAAGGCGAUGUACCCAAUCUGGCGUACACAGGAUACACCUUUGCUGUACAAUCCCGAUAUCCCCGCGGCCUUUGAUGAAAAUCUAGUUAUUCGGACGAAGAAUGGAUCGUGGAUCGAUAUCGUUGCUCAAGUUGGCGCUCUUGCUAGCGAGCCGAUCGAGUUCCCGCACAUGCUGCACAAGCAUUCCACAAAGGCAUGGCUUAUCGGUUCAGGAGCUGGCAUUUGGAACUAUAGCUCUGUUCCAGACGCCAUUUCCAAGGUACCACAUCUGUUCAACCUGGAGAACCCCAAUUACAAGGACACAUAUGUUACGUCGCUUGCCGGCCCUGCAUGGAUUGUUAUGCGGUACCAAGUGACAAAUCCUGGUGCAUGGUUCUUCCAUUGUCACAUUGAGCUCCACCUGGCAGCUGGUAUGGGAAUGGUCAUUAUGGAUGGCGUUGAUGCCUGGCCCGAAAUUCCUCCAGAGUAUGGCGUGGAUCAGUUUGGUCACGAACUCCCCGGCCUAAACAAUGUCACUUAUGGUCCAAAUGGCACGUAUCCUCGUCGAAACCGUCGGGGCUUGACUGGCUUGGAUUUCGAGUGA